GAGGAGCGAGCGUUCAGUGUUGCUUUCCGCUGUCGCAGAGCUGUUCACCAUGAGCUCCACCGGUUGUGAGCAGGAGCGAGAGCAGCAGCGCCUGUUACUGAUCGAAUGUUUCCGCAGCCGCUUGGUCGCGAUCAUCCAAGUGGAUCCAGUGCUGGACUUAAUCACGUUCAUGCAAGAGGCCGAUAAGGAGGAGAUCCGGGCCAUGAAACUGCAAAAAGGCAACCAGGCUGCUGUCAACCUGCUGCUCACCAAGAUCACCAGGAAGCCCCCUGCAGUUGGUUGGUUUGGAGAGUUUGUUACUGCCCUUGUGGAAGGGGGGUGUUCUCAUGCCGUUCAGUAUGUCCGUUUCGAUGCAGAUACCGGAAUAUCCCCUUCACUGGAAGCUCAAAAUGAUCUGGAGGUGAAACUCAUCGAAGUCUUGUCCCCAGCUUUAAUCGACAAGCUAAAACCAUUUGAGAUUUCUGUACACUGUUUUACCAGUGACAUUUUGAGCCAAGAAGACGUGGAGAAUAUUUUAAGUGAAACCAAACAAAAUGGAAACCGAGCAGGAGCUCGUAAAUUAUUGAGCAGAGUAAUUAAGAAACCUCCCGGGUGGUUCUCCAAAUUUUUGGGAGUACUGCAAAAUACAGGACAUGGGGAUCUUGCAAACUUGUUAGCUGGCAAUGAUAACAGCUUAUCUAAAACAGAAGAACCAGCAGAAGAAAGUAAAAAUGUAACAGAUGAACAACUACCAAAUGAAAUACAGAAUAAUGUGGAUAAUGCUAAACCAGACAAGUUAGCUGUUGAAAAAAAUGAGCAGCCACCAGAAGACCUGUACAGUAGCCCUACUACAGCAGAAGAAAAUCGUGAAAACAACAGGCAGAGCGAUGAAAACAGCAUUUUAUCGGGGAUUUCUGAUUUGGAUCUGUCUAUGAAUGCAGAAUCUGUUCAUGAUAUAGCAGAGACAAGUAUCUGCAGUUCAAAUGAUAGUCAGCUGGAAAAUGGAAGCUCUGGUGUGUCUGGAGAUGAAAAUGCCUAUUCAGAUUCUGAUGAGGAGAGCAAUGAGAAAGGAAGACAAUCACCAGUUCCUGAGAUCCACCUCCGAGACUAUCAGCAAGAAGUUGCGGCUCCAGCGUUGGAGGGUAAAAAUCUCAUUAUCUGCCUGCCCACAGGAAGUGGAAAGACCAGGGUUGCAGUCUACAUUACCAGACACCAUCUGGACAAAAUGAAGUUACAGGGAAAAACAGGGAAGGUUGUAGUGCUUGUUAACAAGGUGCCUUUAGUUGACCAGCAUUUUCGCAAAGAGUUCAACCCGUACCUGAAAGAUAAAUAUAGUGUCAGCAAAAUAAGUGGUGAUACACAACUGAAGAUCUCAUUCCCUCAAGUGGUGCGUGAGAAUGACAUUAUUAUCUGUACAGCUCAGAUCCUAGAGAAUCAGCUGGCUGAAGCAAAUGAAAGUGAUGCUGACAAUCUUGAAAUUUCAGACUUUUCAUUGAUAAUAAUUGAUGAAUGCCACCACACUCAGAAAGAAGGAGUGUACAAGAGCAUAAUGACCAGGUACAUUGAACAAAAGCUGAACAAUAAAAAAGGAAUUGCACAAGUGUCACUUCCACAGAUCUUAGGACUGACAGCAUCACCUGGUGUAGGUGGCGCAAAGAACAGAAAAAAUGCAGAAUCACACAUUAUACAAAUUUGUGCAAACCUUGAUGCUUACAAAAUAAUGACUGUUAAGGAUCAUUAUACACAACUAAAAGAGCAAGUGAAAGAUCCUGUCAAAAAGGUGGAGAUUGCAGAAGACAGAAAAGAGGAUCCCUUUGGAGGACAAAUCAAAGAAAUGAUGAUGGAAAUUCACACGUACCUUGGACGAAACCCCACGUCGGAUUUUGGCACACAGUCUUAUGAGCAGUGGAUUGUGCAAAAAGAGAAAUCAGGAGCCAAAGAGGAGAAUCGUAAACUGCGUGUCUGUGCAGAGCAUUUAAGAAAAUACAAUGAUGCCCUGAUGAUUAAUGAUACCAUAAGGAUGAUUGAUGCGUACAAUUAUCUCACGGACUUCUAUAAAGAUGAGAAAAGGAAGAAGGUCAUGGAUGAUGAUGAGGACGUACCAAAGUCAAAACUGGAUGAUACAGAUAGAUUUCUGAUCAGUCUAUUUAAUGAACAACAAGAAAAGCUUCAAACUCUUGCUGGAAAGACUGAGUAUGAAAAUGGAAAACUGACAAAAUUACGAACAACUAUACUUCAAGAAUUCUCCAGAAAAAGAAACUCAAGAGGCAUUAUCUUUACAAAGACACGCCAAAAUGCACAUGCUCUGCAUGAGUGGAUAGAAGAGAAUGAGAAAUUUAAGGAGUUUGAAAUUAAGGCCCAUUACUUAACUGGAGCUGGCAAUAACAGUCAGUUCAAACAUAUGACUCAGAAUGAACAAAAGGAGGUGCUGGGUAAAUUCCGUGAUGGAGACAUCAACCUACUGAUUGCAACUACUGUAGCUGAAGAAGGUCUAGACAUAAAAGAAUGUAAUUUUGUAAUCCGUUACGGUCUAGUCACCAAUGAGAUUGCUAUGGUUCAAGCUCGUGGAAGGGCACGGUCUGACGAUAGCACUUAUGCCUUAGUAGCAAAUGAGGGGUCAGGAGUUCUUGAACGUGAGAGUGUGAAUGUUUACCGUGAGGCAAUGAUGCACGCAGCAAUUCAAAAAGUGCAGGAAAUGCCAGAAGAGGAAUACAAAAAACAGAUAGAAGAAAGGCAGUGGCAGAACAUCAUGGAACACAGAAUGAAAAAGAGGAAGAAUUUGGCAAAAAGAAUAAAAAGUGAUCCUUCUAAAGUGACCUUUCACUGUAACACCUGCAGCAAACUUGCUUGUUCAGGAAAAGAUAUUCAAGUAAUCGAAAACAUGCAUCACGUCAAUGUCACAGAUGAGUUCAAAGAUUUAUACGGUCAACGAGAAAAUAAAGCUUUGCAAGAGAAGUGUCUUGAUUACCAAACAAAUCAAGAGAUCUACUGCAAGAACUGUGGCUGGCCAUGGGGUACAAUGAUGGUCCAUCGUGGAGUCAAUUUACCAUGCUUGUCAAUCAAAAACUUUGUUGUGUUUAUUGAUGAGAAGAACUUUGAAAAACACACUUAUAAAAAGUGGAGCGAAGUUCCCUUCAAGCUACCUAAAUUCGACUACAUCAAAUAUGUUGAAAGUCCCAGAUAAUAUUUGUGUUGGCAGUUUCCAUGUUAAUUCAAUUUACCAUACACCAAUAUGCUGAACAUUGAUUAACAGUUGUUUAAAUUACAAUGAUACAACAGAAUGCGUCUAAUAGUUCUGUCGUUGAGUUCUUAUUUGUGCAAUUUUAAUUUACUACCAGCUUAUUAUCGAAUGGCAUAGAUAACCAUGUUCUAGUUGUAAAUGUACUUUGUAUGAUGAAGAGGUGAAAAGCGAUUUUUUUGAAGUUUGUGAGCAACCUUUACAUAUUUGUGCAACCACUCAAGUGGUAACUUUAUCAUGGUGAUUUUUGCAUAGCCUGCAUAGGAACAUUUAGAUGUGGCUACACACUUUCAAACAGACAUAGGUGAUUUAUUUAAGCAUUAAUUAGAUCACAGCAGAAAAUGUGAACUUUGGAGAUGAUUAACUGUGCUCAAAAACAUGGGCAACAUUCUGACAUGCAAAGAAUGCACUGAUGUUUUAGGACUACAGGAACACAGGCAUUAGGAUGCCAAGUUUAAUUGAUCCUGGGGCUACAGUGGACUUCAGAAUUUUGAAUCAGGGGUUGAAUAAGAUCUAGGAUCACAACAUCAGGAUUAAACUGGCGUCAGAAGUGAAAACAAUUUUUUAAUAUGGAGACUGGAUGUGUUCUCCUGCCAGGUCUACAUUCAGGUAAAUUACUUAGUUUCUUGGUAGCAAGCAAGCUGAGGAUCCACAGAUAAUGGUCUGAUUUCCUUGCGACAAGCCAUUCUUGAAACCUUUUGCAUGAAGUGAGCCUAAAUUCUGCUUCAAGUGGAUAAAUGAAAUAUUUUAUUUUAUAUAUCCAUUGUAGUGACUGGCACCUGUCUGGGCAGAAAUCUGUAUAUAUUUCUUGUUCAACAUAUUGGAUACCUUAGGGUUCUGAGUAGCGCUGAAGGCAUAAAUACUGCAUGGAAUCGUUUCUCAGUCUUGAUAUCUUCAAUAUAACUUCAUUUUCCUUUGCAAUAAAAGUGUCCACAUUCCUGAAGGAGAUUUGUGGUUGCUGUGGACUGUAGAGUUUUCUUGUGAAAUAAAUGCAUGUGACAGAAAGAACAUGAUCAGCAAUGUUUUCAACUUACUGCUUUAUCAAAUAUAUUUAUGCAUCUUUUAUGUGGAUGAAAAAUGCAGUAUUUUAUCGUUCAAUAAAAAUAUCUUUUUUAUCAAA